AUGAGCAAGGUAGAGCUAACCCAACGGAUGAUGGUUGGUUCUUCUCAGACUCCUACCUCUUCCAUUACCUUUUUUCCCAACUCCACGGGCCAUCAUCCUCACAGAUAUAGCUGGCUUGCGAGAAGCCUGAAGACAUCGUGCAUAAGUACGGGGAGUAUGCGCAUGAAGAUCCUAAGGGAGAAGGCAAAAUUGUGCUGGAUGAAUCAAUGCUGCCACAAAUCGACCAGAGUGGGAGUCUACGCGUUGUCCCACGACCAGAACCCACGACCAGAACUCUUAGAACAUUUUCUGUGUACUUUGCGCGAACAAUCAUACCCGGCCGUAAAUGAAGACCAGCACCUGGUAGUCUUGAUUUUCGGCCACGGAGAUCAAAUGACCUUUGGCGUGGCUCUUGGUGAAAACAAGCCGAAUCUACAUACUCAGGACGUCAAACGAGCUAUAAAACCCGGGACAUCUGUGACACUUUUCACGACUUUCGGACAAGCGGACAAGCAUCUUAAUGUGGGUGGGAUUACGGCAGCUGGCGAAGAGGAGAAGAGCGAAUCUCAACCCAUGAGUUCCAGUUUCGGUCGAGCCUGCGGGAGUAUGAUCGCGAGUGCUCUUUUACAUACCAGUAUUAUGACUGAGGAGGAGGAUUCAUGGAAUACUGCUGAUGUUCACAAUGACUCUACCUACGUCUCGUUUAAGCACUCCAUACUCUCUCCACCUCAAGCGUCGAAGCGGGAUACCUCUGUCAUAAAUGAAACUGCGCUGGGAUGCGCUGCGGACCGUGCCCACCGGACACUAUUAGGAGCCAGGAAGUUUACCGACAAGGAGCUUGAUGGCUUGCAUAAAGCCCUCAGAUACCGACUUGAUUAUCUUGACCUGGCCAACGAGUUUCCUAAAGUCAUGGGUGUGACCAAUGAGUCCUUCGACGCAUAUUCAUUUGAUAGGAACCAUUGGAAAAGAUCCGAAGAGGUAACAAAGCGUUUCUCAGAAGCCUUCCGGGUGCUGGUCGAGAAGUGUUUAGUAGAUCAUCCAGUUCAAGGUCAUCCUUGGAUCAAUCCGUCUCUCGGCCUGCCUAGCUACAUCGGGACUAAACCACGAUGA